AUGUAAAUAUAUCCGAUACGUCGAACGUGACGCAUGAUCAGCUGGGACUGUGAAGAAAAGCUUUGGCAAGUCAACUUACAAAUGUUAUUAAAUAUAAGAGACGGCUCGUGAUUUUCUUCAAGAAUAAAACUGUGAUGUGACCGAAGUGACUGUAACUGCCCAGAACUGACGCUCGCCGUCAAAAUCAAGGGUGCAAAAUCAAUUUACAGAUGAACCUCCAUCCACAUGCAUAACAAUGGACUCUAAUGGAGCAGCAUGAGAUGAGAUGAAGUCUGUGUCUUUUAUGCAGUGAAAUCCGAGCAAAGCCAGAAUCAGAUAAAUGAACUCCAGUGAAGCAUCAGCUCAGCCAAAAGCACCUCAUGUCGUUUCUGGACUGCACCUGUAUCUCCUCCCACUCACAAGUCCAGUCCAUCAGCAUAGAGGAGCAGUAUGAAGACAUCAGCCAUCAGUGCUCGAGCAGUGAUGUGUCUCCGUGUUCUGUGUUGACGGAUGAAGAUGACAUCACAGAUCUUUCCACUGACACCGCCCACUAUCAGCUGCUGUCACAACUGGGCCGGGGCUUUAAUAACCUCAGUCAGGUGAGCAUGGCACGUCACACACCGUCUGGCCGGCUGGUGGCAGUAAAAAACACAAACCUGGAUGAGUGUACCGAAGAUGAGCUUCUGCAGCUGAUGAAUGAGGUUCUGCUGUCCAGACGGUUCCGUCACCCAAACCUGCUCACGUCCAGACUGGUGUUCAGUUCGUGCUGUCAGCUCUGGGUUCUAUCUCCUCUCAUGAGUUACGGUUCUGCAGACUCUCUGCUCAGGUCGUACUUUCCGGAUGGAAUGAGCGAGUCUCUGAUUGCGUACCUGCUGUACGGAGUGCUUAGAGCGCUCGAGUACCUGCAUCACAUGGGCUACGUGCACAGAGGUGUGAAGGCCAGUCAUGUGCUGCUGUCAGCUGAAGGCCGUGUGUGUUUGUCAGGGCUUCAGAGUGUGUACAGUCUGAUGAAGGAUGGCAAGAGGAUGAGAGCUGUGUUUGACAUGCCUCAGCACAGUCCGUCUCUCCUGCCGUGGCUGAGCCCAGAGCUUCUGCGACAGGAUCUUCAUGGCUAUGGAGUGAAAUCAGACAUCUACAGUCUGGGAAUCGUGGCAUGUGAGCUGGUCAGUGGCAGAGUGCCGUUCCAGGACAUGCCGCCCACUCUGAUGCUGCUUCAGAAGUUGCGGGGUUCUCACUGUUGUCUCCUCGACAUCCCUCCUUACCCGCUCGGAGACAUGGGGGCGCUCAAGGUGUCUCGCUCUGGUGUUGAUUCGGGGAUCGGAGAGAGUGUUGCAACUGGAAGUCUGACUCGUACUGCCACUGCGGAGAGACCUCAAAGCCCUGCCCCCAAAAACCACUCGGCUACUCUGCACAACCUGGUCCAACUGUGCCUGCAGCAGCAGCCUGAACGCAGGCCAUCUGCGACUGCUCUCCUCACCCACCCCUUCUUCAGACAGGUGAAGAAACACACGAGGGACUCUUUCCUUAGUUUGAUGUAUCCGGCCGUGCCAGUGUCCUGUCCUCCAGACACACCUCCAUCAGGAACACCGACCCAGACCUGCAACACCCCGUCUCCCACCGAUACUGAGCCAGAGGACUGCAUGUGGGACUUCUCCUAAACCUCGCUAUCCCUCUCUUAUCCACUUCCUUUCUCACACAAACCUUGACCCAAGCAACUAGCGAUAAAUAUAUUCCAUGUUAAUCUGUCCUAACCAGCUGCCACAUUUUGUCAUUCACUUGGUUUGUAUUUAUGUCAUAUCAAACUACGGUUGCCCACCCACAGUGAAAUCUCAUUGGUCUAAAUCCCCUCUCUUUAUGGACCAAAAUAUUGAUGACAUCAUCUUGCACUUAUGGGCGUAUCUACAUUUUUAGCCAAUCAAAUGCUCUCUAGAAUGAAUACAUACCAGCAGCCUAGACAUUUCCUGACUAGCAAUAGCAAGUAUAAAAUCAUUGUUAAUGGCUAUGACCUAAACUAAAAGCCUAUUAAUACAUUUAAAAAAAUUAUUAAUUAAUUGAUAAAAUAAAAGUGAAAUUGUGAUAUAGUGCGGUUAUUAAAUCACAAAGGCUGCUAUUUAAUUAAAUGUAUGCACUGCAUAUUUCACAGUGAAGCACAGCAGUGUUUUCAGUGUCUCUGAGUGACUCGGUUCGCAGUAAAUGCUGAUCCACAUGACCUCAGUCCAUGCACAAAGUAUUAUUAUUAUUAUUAUUAUUAUUAUUAUAUAUUUUUCAAAUACUUGAUUUUAAAUUUUACAGUGACAUUACAAUAGUAAUAUUUAUUAUUUUGUUCAAUAUUUUUAUUUAGUAAAAAUAUUAAUAUGAUUAUUAUUAUUAUUAUUAUUAUUAUACUCAUAUUUAUGGAAGCUUGUUUCUGGCACUAAAUAAAAAAGUAAUUGCGACUUUUUAUCUCACAAUUCUGACUUUUUUCUCAGAAUUGCGAGAUUUAAACUCGCAAAUACGAGUUUUAAAGUCAGAAUUGCGAGUUAUGAGGUCAGAAUUGCAUGUUAUAAAGUCAGAAUUCUGACUUUUUCUCAGAAUUACGAGAUAUAAACUCACAAUUGAGUUAUAAAAUCAGAAUUGCAUGAUAUAAACUCGCAAUUCUGAGAAAAAGUGUCAGAAUUGCGAGUUUAUGUCAUGCAAUUCUGACUUUAUAUCUCGCAAUUCUGAGAAAAAAAAAGUCAGAAUGGUGAGAUAAAAAGUCACAAUUGCCUUUUUAAAAUUAUUUCAUGGUGGAAACAAGCUAUCAUACAUAUUGAUAUAUUAUCACUACGUUUUGGCAAAAUUGUGCAGCCCAUACAAACAAGCACAGCAAAUCUAGAUCAUUUUUAUUUAAUCGCAGUUUUUAUCCGAAAAAUCUCAAUCUAAAUUUAUUCCCCUAAAUCGUGCAGCCCUACUUUUAGCUAUUUUUAAACAAGGGUCAAGUCCUUUUGUUAUAUCCCGCCCAACUUCCUGUAAAAUACAGGAAGUUAAACUGCACUCGUCAAGCCAUUUGAUAGGUCUUUAAAUGUCAAAUACUGUAUGCUCUGAUUGACUGUGAAUUUUUUCACUUCAUGCAACAUUUUCACAUUCAUUAUGGACAGAAAAAUGAAAGAAAGACACGCCAUGACUUGUGUCUUAUUCCAUGCUGUGCGCUCAUCUGUAUGCUGCACAUUUUUUUGUAGGUCACCCAAGUAUUCCAUGCACACUGUGCACAUACAACAGUAUAUACUGUUGGUAUGCUAUUCCCAUUAGACCAUGUCAGUGUGUGAUCAGAGCUUCCUGUUUGAUGUUCACAGCAGCCAAUCACAUCAUGAACUAACUGCAGAUCACUGGAUUUGAUCCAGCUCCUAUGAGUGAGGUCAUCAAACUGAGCCAUGAAUGCCAGGAGCCAGAUGUCAUGUAUGAAUGUGUGUGUGUGUGAAGGUUAUUAGUACAUCACCCACUCAACCUGUGACCGUGAACGUGUGGGUGUGUGUACAGUAUGUGUGUAUCUCUGUGUUCAGAUUUCCAAAACCCUCCUCUUGCUCUUUAAGAAGAAACUGCACAUGUUUUAAUCCUGUGAAGAUAUAAACCAAACCAUCAACGCUGUGCUGUUCAAACGGCCAUCAACACUGCCUCAACAUGUGCUCUGGAACGAAUCAAGGUCAAACUGAAAGGACUGAGCAGUUUUAACUGUGACUGAUAUUGUAUUCACUGAUUUUUUUUUUUUUUCUAUGUUAACUGUAUUUAGACAUAUGAUAAAUAUAUUCUUACUCUGUUUCUUAACU